GGGCGGGCGGAGCUGCAGCAGGCAGGCGGCGAAGGGGGCUGGCCAGGCUGCAGAGCGCCCUUGCGGCUUUUCCUGCUCGAAUCUCCGCGCUCCUUGCCCGGCUGCCUCCCCCCGGCCCUGCCAUGCCGCUCUCCGGCCCCGGGCUGCUGCCCUGCCCGCCGCCCCUCACCCUACGCCCCCUCUGAAAGCCAGCCAGGAUCGGUCCUCUCCCCCACCCCAGCCCGGGCUAACGACCGAGCCCCGGGGAGAGGAUGGUGCAGAAAUCCCGCAACGGAGGCGUGUACCCGGGUGCGACCGGAGAGAAGAAGCUGAAAGUGGGGUUCGUGGGGCUGGAUCCCGGCGCCCCGGAUUCCAACCGGGAUGGGGCGCUGCUGAUCGCCGGCUCGGAGAGCACCAAGCGGGGCAGCAUCCUGAGCAAGCCCCGCUCCGGGAUCUCCGGGACGGGGAAGCCCCCCAAGAGGAAUGCCUUUUACCGCAAGCUGCAGAAUUUCCUCUACAACGUGCUGGAGAGACCCCGCGGCUGGGCCUUCAUUUACCACGCCUACGUUUUUCUCCUAGUUUUCUCCUGCCUGGUACUAUCCGUCUUUUCAACCAUCGAUGAGUAUCAGAACAGCUCAGAAGGGGCCCUCUACAUCCUGGAAAUAGUCACCAUCGUGGUGUUUGGUGUGGAAUACUUCGUGAGAAUCUGGGCUGCCGGUUGCUGCUGUCGAUACCGGGGCUGGAGGGGAAGAUUAAAAUUUGCCCGCAAACCCUUCUGUGUCAUUGACAUCAUGGUGCUGAUUGCGUCCAUUGCCGUGCUGGCAGCAGGAUCCCAAGGGAAUGUCUUUGCCACCUCGGCUCUCAGGAGUUUGCGGUUCCUGCAGAUAUUGCGCAUGAUACGAAUGGACCGUAGAGGUGGUACCUGGAAGCUUCUGGGGUCUGUGGUCUAUGCCCAUAGCAAGGAGCUGAUUACUGCCUGGUAUAUUGGCUUUCUGUGCCUCAUUCUGGCCUCUUUCCUGGUGUACUUGGCCGAGAAAGGAGAAAAUGAGCACUUUGAUACAUACGCAGAUGCGCUCUGGUGGGGCCUGAUUACACUCACCACCAUUGGCUAUGGGGACAAGUAUCCACAGACCUGGAAUGGGCGUCUCCUGGCUGCAACUUUCACCCUCAUUGGGGUCUCCUUUUUCGCCCUCCCUGCUGGCAUUUUAGGUUCUGGCUUUGCCCUGAAGGUUCAAGAACAGCAUCGGCAAAAGCACUUUGAGAAGAGGCGAAACCCUGCAGCUGGCCUGAUUCAGGCUGCUUGGAGGUUCUAUGCCACCAACCUCUCUCGAACUGACCUGCACUCUACCUGGGAGUACUAUGAACGCACAGUCACCGUUCCCAUGUACAGCUCGCAAACGCAAACGUAUGGUGCCUCCAGACUCAUUCCGCCUCUGAACCAGCUGGAACUUCUCAGGAACCUGAAGAGCAAAUCGGGACUGACUUUCAGGAAAGAGCAGCAGCCUGAGCCAUCACCCAGUCAGAAGGUCAGUUUGAAAGACCGUGUCUUCUCCAGUCCCCGAGGUUCUGGAACUAAAGGGAAAAGCUCUCCACAGGCUCAGAGCCUCCGGAGAUCCCCCAGCGCUGAUCAGAGCAUUGAAGAUAGCCCGAGCAAGGUGCCCAAAAGCUGGAGCUUCGGAGACCGGAGCCGAGCCCGGCAAGCAUUCCGGAUCAAGGGAGCUGCGUCUCGACAGAACUCUGAAGAAGCAAGUCUCCCUGGAGAAGACAUUCCGGAUGAUAAUAAAAGCUGCAACUGCGAGUUUGUGACGGAAGAUUUAACGCCAGGACUUAAAGUCAGCAUCAGGGCAGUGUGCAUCAUGAAAUUUCUUGUUUCCAAACGGAAGUUCAAGGAGAGCCUUCGGCCUUACGAUGUGAUGGAUGUCAUCGAGCAGUAUUCAGCCGGUCACUUGGAUAUGCUCUCCCGGAUUAAAAAUCUCCAGUCCAGGAUAGAUAUGAUUGUGGGUCCCCCGCCCCCUUCAACUCCCCGGCAUAAGAAGUAUUCAACCAAAGGACCCAUGGUCUCUUCCAAAGAGUCACCCCAAUACUCUCCUAGAGUUGACCAGAUUGUUGGACGAGGGACAUCAAUGACAGACAAGGAUCGAACGAAAGGGCCAGCGGAGGGGGAGCUUCCAGAAGACCCAAGCAUGAUGGGCAGGCUUGGAAAAGUUGAAAAGCAGGUUCUGUCCAUGGAGAAGAAGCUGGACUUUCUGGUGAACAUUUACAUGCAGAGGAUGGGUAUCCCAUCAACGGAAGCAGAAGCCUAUUUUGGGUCCAAAGAACCAGACCCGGCGCCACCCUACCACAGUCCAGAAGACAGCCGGGAGCACAUGGACAAAAAUGGCUGCAUCAUCAAGAUCGUCAGGUCUACCAGUUCAAUGGGACAAAAGAAUUUCUCUGCACCACCAGCCCCAACAAUGCCAACCAACACAUGUCCCCCUUCAACGUCCUGGCAGCACCAGCCAUACCAGCGGCAUAGCCAUGGAUCCUCCCCAGUUGGAGAUCCUGGCUCUUUGGUAAGAAUCCCGCCCCCACCUUCACAUGAGCGCUCCUUGUCCGCUUACAGUAGCGGGAAGAGGGCCAGUGCUGAGUGCCUGAGGAACGAAGACAUUACAGCUAAACACCAUGACAGCGCCUUGAGAGACAGUGACACGUCCAUUUCCAUUCCGUCAGUCGAUCACGAGGAACUGGAACGCUCCUUUAGUGGAUUUAGCAUUUCCCAGUCCAAAGACAAUUUGGACAUCCUUAACAACGGUUGCUAUGCAGCAGUGGCUCCCUGUGCCAAAAUCAGACCCUACAUUGCAGAAGGAGAGUCAGACACUGAUUCUGACCUCUGCACACCUUGUGGCCCACCUCCCAGAUCAGCCACAGGUGAAGGACCUUUCAGUGACAUGGGCUGGUCAGCCCCUAGACAGUGAAGCAUCUUGACAUCUAUUGAGCCAAGUCAGAGCACUGGCCAGCCACCCAUUCAUGCCAUCCCCAUGUCGAACUUCUUGAGGAGAUCUACAGCUAAGGUUUUAUGAAUCCAGAACAUACUUAGCUUGUGGAUAUUUUCUUACAGCUUACUCUGGGGACAGACGCUGAGCCAGCAUUCAGUAGAAAGAGGCCACUGUGGUGAAUAAUUCGGAGCCUUGAAGUGUCUCGAUUUCUUUCAUACUAUCUUUCUAAGAUAAUUAGGUGAAACGAUAUCACAGUACAGGGUAGGCAACCACAUUUCUUGGUAAUCCUUUAGGGUAAAGGGAACAAAUAUCACCUGCAAGGGUUUUUUUUGGGGGGAAGGGGGUUAACUGGUGACUGAACAUAUCUUUUACAUGGUAAUUACCAUACCAUGAUACUGGGUGAUUACAGUCAAAUACUUUAGAGGUGCAACGCGAUUACAUGAUUAUUUCUGUCUUGUAAAACAUUCCAGGUUACACGAUGAUUACUUUUGAAUUUACGGAACGUGAUCCUCCAUUAACCAUUCGGGAACGUAGUGUGAUUACCAUACAAUUCAUGGAAGCCCAGUUGGCUCUUGACAAAUUGGGAUGUUUACUUUCACGUUACAGUAUUGCCCUAAGAAAGACGUAUGCUGUCAGGAUGAGUCGAGGUAGAAUGUUAGCAGGCAUCAUUUGGAACCAGAAUGAUUUUCAAAUUAAAUUUGCUACAUGGCUUAGGUGGAGGAGGAAGGUCAAAGACACAAAAUCUGUCUUUGAAGGCAAAGAGGAACAUCACAAAGGACAUGGGAUAAGGCAUUUUACAUUUAAACCAUGUAUUAUAUUUAAUAGUGUACCCGCCAAAAUUUACAGAACGGGAAGCCAUAAUUCCACCUACGGGGUUGUAGUAACUUGAAGUUGCUGUCGUAAUUUUUGAUAUUGCCAGCAGCACUGUGGUGAACUUACAGCCACAAGAGACACAGCUAUGGGGAGAGGGACGUUCCUCGAGAUACUGUGACCCCUCUGCUGUUGCAAGGCAAGGAACGAGAGCACCAGCAGCGCCUGAGCCCUGUAACUCAAAAUAUUGCCCAUUUCGUACACCAUUCGCAUUAUGCCUGGAUGCUUUUGCAGCAAAGUUCCUUCCUCCUUUCCUCCACUACCCGAUCCUGGAUCACAAAGCUGUCCUUCGGACUUCUCCAUUGUUUUGUUUAGAUCCUUCAUGCUGAGUCACGAGGUGCUUCCUUGUUUCCUCCUGAUUUCUUUUAUACAUCUGUGACCUGUAUUUAUCCACAAGGGCUGGCAGUGGAAGUCUUUCUAUUUUUUCUCUUUCACUCCCUCUUGAAAAGCCAGGUAAAGAUCAUGUCACUGUUAUUGGCGCAUGAAGCUGGGGGAAAACUGACGAUGCAGGAGGUUUCUUUCAGGACCAAAACAAAGUCACAAAGUGAUCCUUUACUGUCCCAGUGCGGCAGGGGUCACUCAAGGGGAUGGGUCAUAGGAAUCUGGAUCAACAACCAGGGCUGCUACACAGGAGCCAUUGCCAUGCCCACUAAAUCCACCCAUUUAACUGAAGCCCUACACCUUGUGUGUUUUCUGAAAGGGAUAAACUUCAGUGGAGUCAGGACUGUGCCAGCUAUUUGUGUCCAUCUCUCCUCCCCCGCCCCCCUGCCAAUGUCAAUGGCCAAUUUUCAUGAUAUUUCAAAUAUAUGACAUGCCCCCAUGUCCCUUAGGCCUUGCUGCACCUAAUACAGGUGUGAUCCCUCCAUUUUGAAAGGUUGACCUGCUGGUGGUGAGAGGAGAAACCUGGUGUAUUCGUUCCUUCUGGUCAUUAGGAGAAGCAGCCUGGGAAGCUAAGGAGGAAAAAGACAAAUUUAGGAAUAACACACUGCAAUUCAAUGGUAUCGGGGGGUGCACACAAUCUGGCAGCCAUAAAACACCACCUAGAGGGACACAUACAGCUCUUGUCCCGGAACUCAAUGUGAUUCCAUAAGAUUCUCUAGAACAUGAAGUCUUUAAAACGAGAUUUGAGGACUUCAGUAACUCAGUGAGAGGUUACCUAUUGCAGGAGUGGGUGGAGGAGGUUUUAUGGCCUGCAGGGAGACGGAGGUCAGACAAGAUGAUCACGAUGGUCUUUUCUGGCCUUAAUGUCUAUGAGUCUGUGAGAUUCACCCACCAGGGCAGGAAAUCCCCUGCUGAACAGGUGGGUCUUUUUGGUUUCUGGAGGGAAAAUAAAACAAUUCUUUUAUACAUCUAGUCAGGGCCAACAUGCAGCACUUGCCUGGGAGUGGUGGGGUGAAAUGAUAUAUAAUCUUCAAAUCCAAUUAGCCUCAAUAUAUGAGUGAAAGGGAGAAAACCUACUCUUUUUAGGGGGGUCCUGUGCAUCUAUGUCUCCAAGAGACCUUUGCACGUCCAGAGCUUCCUCCCCAUUCCUGCCAUAUUCUGCAAUUCUUUCUUCCCCACUCAAGCUGCCUGGAGCCUUCUUUUGGCUCUAGAAUUCCUAAUCUGGAGUAGCUCCUGUGAUGUAUCUAACUAAAAGUAAUUAGUGUAUGAUACACCUAACCUCAAUAAGAGUGUUUGCUUUGAAUUUGGAACUAUCAUACAUUAAAAUCCAUAUUUAUAAAGGGCAGCUUAUUCCCACACUCUCUCUAAACUCACCUGGCCUGACUUUCAUAAGAUGUGGCCCACAGGCUACAUUUACAUGGAAAAUUGCUGCACAUGAAUGUGUAAGUCUGCUUUUGCCCAUGCAGCUGUAUUUAAGCAUGUACAAAAAAGGGUAUAUAUAGGUGGGCACAAAAAUGCUGGCAAACUCCAAUGGGGCCCACAAAGAUGCAUCUUCUAAUGGGCCACUAAAAAUGCACCCAUGAUAUUUGCAGGUAAUUCCAUUUACUUAUGCAAAAAUCUGCAUUUGCAUAGCUGACUGCUCACUGUAAACAAUUACCCAAUUCGAGGAACACAUGUGCUUUUGCACAUGCAAGUAAACCUAGGGUACGUCUACACAGCAAAGAAAACCUCACGGCUGGGUUUCAGUGGGUUUCCUCUAGAUUUGCACUGGUGUAACUCAGAACAGAAUUUGGACCUAAUAGAUGGUUUUGUUGCUCAUCCACCUACAUAGUUUUUCUCAUUGCAAAUUCCAGUCUAAUCCUCCCCAUGACUCCUCACAUAAUCCUUCUGUCUCCAUUCCUUCCCACACUCCCAUUGCAUAUGCAGUUGCUGGAGAGCCAGUAAUGCAACGUUUUCUGAGUUUCUCAGUUUGAUGGUUGAGAAACAUUAAUUUUCUGGAGAGAAGGUUUGAUUUUUGGCUCAUAAAUGUCCUCCAAUAAGGAUGUUUAAUGAGAAAUGCAAAGGAAACUUUCUCCCCUCUGCCUCACUGCUGCUUAGCCUGUCUGUAGCAUCUGUUGCACCUCUGUGUUUCUAGCUAUAUAAUCUGUACACUCAAACACAGAAACUAGUUUUAGGAGCUGCUAAGUUGUGACACAAGCCCAAGAAAAGCUAGGAAAUUCAAAGUGAAUGACACUGUUCCAGACAAGCUGUGAGCCAAAUUUUCAAUGGGCCUUCUCACCUGCACCUUUGGUAUUUGUAACUGUGUCUGUUUGGACAUACAGAAGCUGUGUUUGUGUCCACAUGCAUGCAGAAGAAGAAGUGUCCUUAAAACAAAACCCAGGAUCUAAACCCCAGGAAACUUUGAAAGGUUUCAAAAUCUGGUUCCAGAUCUUGCUUUGAAUGUUGCAAAUGGCCCCCAUCUUUGUAAUGGGCCAGCUCAAAAACUGGGUAUGAAACCGUACUGAAUUUGGGGAUGUUCAAAGUCCAAGUUAGAAUGCAAAUUUCGCAGUUUGUGCACAUCUCACAAAGAACUGAGGUUGCAGACAACACAAGCUCGGUCCAGAGAAGGCCUUUGGAGACUAUGGCCCUGAGUCAUAAGAGCAGAGCCACCAGCCCAGUUGAAUUUCCCAACGUUUGGGAAAGAACUUUAAUGUUAUUUAAAUGUAGAUUUUGUAUGUGAAUUUCCUUGCUGAUUCAUUUUCUUAACAUUAAUUUCUAAGCAAACAAAAAAUAUAAAAGAAAUUAAUGAAAAACGUAUUGUUUGACCCAGAGAGCCAUUGCAUGUCCUUAGGCAAACCACGUAAUGAAUCAGGUAUGUAAAAAAAUAUUUUUAAAGCAGCUUCAGGGAUUCAGGUAUCUUCAGUAGAGUCAUUUCUAUUUGCAGGGUAAUCAGGCAUAAUUGGAACAAAUGGGGAAAUCUAAAGUCAGGGCUGAAACAUCAGUUUUACACCCUGCUGGAAUGACUCGGUAGCAGCUAUGGUCUUGCCUACAGCAAGAAUUUGCCCUGAUUUUAGCCAUGCUUCCAACAAUGGGAAGCCGUGCCAGUGUAAGUCAUGGCUCUUCAUGUCUACACUUCAGGUUCAGUGGCUGGGAUCAGGGUAAAUUCCCAAUGCAGUCAAGACCGGUGAGCCAGAGUCUGCCCUGAGAUGUAUACCAAGAAAAGGCAGUGACAAAUAAACACACGCUUCGAAGAUAGAAUUUGGCCCUACGAUUUUGAAUGACUUGGCUUUUAGUUUGAUCAGAAACCUAAUGUCAUUUAAACAAAGCUUUUAACUUGAGCAUGUUGUUUUGUUUAGUUAGAAUUUUGUUGGGAAAAGAUCAACAAAAUUUCUUAAGAGUCAUAAUACUUAAACUAUUUAAAUAUGCUAAUUGAAAUGUAAGAAGUAUAAUAUUUAUCCAAGAGAGAAGAAAGUUGCUCCACAUCUUUCUUACAUCCCUGAAUGAAGAUUUUUGAAUUAUUUGUGGUGUUUACACUCCCUGAUCCCUGUAUUUUCAGCUGUCCAACCAACAUUAGUGAUCUUCCUGAACUAAGCAGAGAUGGUGCUGUUCAGAAAUGUCAGCUGUUCCCGACAGCCCACAAAGAAGUUGAGUGCCCUACCUUGCAGAGAUACUACCCAAUCUCUGCUGUCCCAGAUAAGACCAUCAUAAAGGACUGGAAGGGAUCUCCAGAGUAAUGAAGUCCAGUCCCCAUCACUGCAGACAACCACAUAAUAUAAUCGCUUUCAUAAACAUAUCAAGCUCCAGCUUAGAACCAGUUAGGCUUCUUGCCCCCACUACUUCCUGGUGAUCACAGACAAGAUCUAGGAGUCAAAGCAGGUCGUCAAUUGGAGCUCCAGGGAUCUAUUCUAUGAAAGUGCAAGUGGUGAGGUGGGGAUCCCUGUCUCAGAGAGUUUGUCCCUUUCUGUGAUGCCAGGUCUCAGAGUUGUAGCCGUGUUAGUCUGUAUCAGCAAAAACAACACGGAGUCCUUGUGGCAACUUAGAGACUAACAAAUUUAUUUGGGCAUAAACUUUCAUGGGCUAGAACUCACUUCAUCAGAUGCAUGGAGUGGAAAAUACAGGAGCAGGUAUAAAUACAUGAAAAGUUGUGAUUUGCCUUAUCAAGUGUGAGGUCAGUCUAACGAGAUAAUUCAAUUGACAGCAGGAUACCAAGGGAGGAAAAAUAACUUUUGAAGUGGUAAUGAGAGUGGUCCAUUUCCGACCGUUUCCUCCCUUGGAAUCCUGCUGUCAUUGGUUUUGUCCCUCUCUAGAUACCAUUAUACCCAAUCCUACCAGCAGUGACUUUCGUUUUGGGUUCGUCAAGGUAUUUCUUGGGGGGGGGGGGGAUAGUUUUUCUUUGGAAUUUGCCAAACAUCAGGCACAUCCAAAAAAAGUUAUUGGGGUAGAAUGUGCACAUUCCCCCCCACAAAGGUUCCAACUCAUUCUCUGUCAACCACUACAUUCAAACACUGUCCAUCGGGGUGGUUGUACUUAGGAAGCAUGAGGCAGCCCAGAGACUGCUCCAGUUGAGCACGGAAACGGCAUGUGUGGGACAGUAUAAGGUGCCUGGCAGACUAGGAAUUCUCCUACUGCAUAUUUAAAAUAAAUAAUAGCAAUGAACUGUACAAUGUAAAAUCAAGCCCUUAUAAAUAUAUAUGUAAUUAUAGCAAGAGUUAGUACAUUGGCAUCAUCUUAUUCUAGUGAGAUCAUGGUUUGACAGGUACCAUAUACAGAGCCUACAUGCUAAUACAGCUACUAUUCAGUUCUGUUCUUAACAAAGGCCUGGAACGGACCCUUACAGCACAUUAUGCUCAGUAAGUGCAAAACCCCAGAUCCAUACGUAUAAUUCUCAUUUGUCAGCUAUAAAAUAAAUGUUCUUAAAAAAAAAACUACCUAAGGGUUUGCAAAAACAGUGCCAGGCUUCUGUGCUCUGCAAGCUGCUGAUUUAUUCAAGCUUCUGCAGUCUCAUGCAGUUUUGAAAGAUUUGGAUUUUCCCUCUCCCCUUUCCCUUACAGGCUGAAGCAUGCGUUAUAUCGGAACAGCUCAAUUCAGUGCUCUUGGAGCAGGGCGUGUAAACUGUGGACCCUGCGGCAGCUGGAGUUAUUGUACCCCAAAUGGGACAUUCAUUCUUAGGAAAAAGCGGGUGCUCUUUGCAAAGAAGGGCAGCUUUAGCUUUCAGCUGGUACUUUCCUUUGGACAAAGUCCUAUAGAAUGUAACAAAGAAUUCUGUCCUUCCUAUAGGUUUCUUUGUUUUGUUUUUUAACCAUCCUAUAAAGUUCCAUAGCAAGGAUGUAAAUUCUCUACUACGUUCUGACAAAGGUCUAAAACCCUAUAGCUAGGCUAGCUUGUUCUAUUAAACCCUAUAGGACUUCUGCAUAGUGUUCCCAUCAGCCUUGCCUGCGGAGUUGCCCAAGGAAUGCACUGAGCGAGCACAUGUCUUCAGAGUGUGCUGGCCACACCGCCUUCUCCAUCCAGCACCUCCCACUUUUGAGCAUAACCUCAGCAAUCCUCCCCAAAUUGACUUGCCACUGUACCUGGGUUGCAGUGGCUGCCAGUUAAAGCCGGAGCCAUAUUACUCUCCCUUUGCGUUCUCUCUCGGGUCAAUAGCUUUCAUUUUAUACACAUCAUUUAACAAAAAUGAAACAAGGAAAUCAGAUACAAAACCUCUUAGAAUCAUAGAAUAUCAGGGUUGGAAGGGAGGCAGAGACAUAACGAUAAUGUGAUGGACAUUCAAAUGGAAACCAACUCCUCUACAUCUUGGUCCUGUUCUUGUGGGGGUAAUUUUAUUACUCAAUGUUGAGAAAGGAGAACUUCUCCCUUUACAGUCCCUGACUUCUCCACUUCAUAUCACAACCUGCACAUUAUUUAAAAUGUCAGGGUGUGGGCUAGGGAUUGUUUUUUUAAAAAAAGAAUUAAUAUAAAUACGUAGGAAUCUUUAGUGUAUCUAGUGUUUGAUUCUCCACUGGCACUAUACUGCUUGCCUUACAUUAUGUUUAGACGGAAAGGCCAUAUACAAUAUUUUGAUACAAUAGUAACCAAGCUCAGAUUUUAGAUAUCAGCCAGAGUCACUUGUGGCCCCCCUCCUAUCAGAUGAACCAAGGAGGGGCAGAGAGUUCAUUUACAACAUAUGAAUGUGCUUUCCAGACGGUCACAUACUGUACUCUCGAUUUUGCCUGCUAGUGCAUGCUAUCUGAGAUGAGUAGAAAUUGAUACCCUUAUAUCUGUAUCUGAAAUAGAAUUUAAAAAGUAAUUGCAAAACCUUUCUUUUAAAAACCAAACAUGCUGUCAGUUAUAUAUUGUAUAGGGUGUCAAAGUUCAUUAACAACCCAAUGGGUUUUUUAGGUAACAUUAAUAUACCAUGUGUCUCUGAUACUGUGAUUAAUUUAUUGAUGUCUGGUCUGACACGCAUCAAUUCUGGUUUUACUACAUGUGACUCUGAGGGGUGCAUACAUGUGUCAUGUGCACCCACUGGUGAAGAGGUUUGUAGAAAUAUGCAUAUGGAAAAAAGAAUGGUGGUUGGCUGUGCAUGAAAUCUUGUGCAUUUCAUGCAGGCGGUGAUAACAGGAGCAUGCUAGAGGGGGAGUAGGGGAAUACCCUAUCCGGAGGGCUAUGGAAAGCGUUGAGGAGGGGGGAUACUGGGGUACAUAUGUUGAAGGGCUCCACUUUAGUGGAUGCAACUUGAAACCACUGAACUGGCAAAUGCACACUUCUUGCCUGUCCAAUUCACUGUGGGAGGAGAUGAGAGCACUCUAAUUUCACUGUGAUCUCAUUGACACCUCCAACUGGGUAAUGGGGACCACAGGUAUUUAUACCCUUGUGCCUGCAGUUCAAUUGUGGGUGCAAAAAUGAGAGUACAAACUUUUUGAAUGAAAAUUAGACCCAUGGGAAGAGAGGCCACCCUUUGAAAAGUUACCCAACUGUUUCUACCGUGUAGCUGAUCAUUUUUCUACCUGGUCUUGUGAGGUGCUGAACACCCUCAACGCCCACUAAACGUCUUGAUGCUAGUUCCCACAGAGCAUCACAGUACCCCUUCCAGAGACUGUCCUUAAAAUUUUAUCAUGCUCCUUAAUUCUCAGUCCCUGCUGCAUUAUUUUGUUGCUAGAUUCUAAUAAUCUAGUACCUGUUUGUGCCCACCAGGUCCCUUGUCGUCCGUGUUGCUAGUCCAGACCAUAUACAGGGGAAGCUACUGCCUUGGCAGGGCUGCAACCCUAUUCUUGAGUUUUUUCACAUGACUACACCCCACAGUCACCCCUACAAUCUCGUAUAUAUCAGUUCAUGGAUCGGUGUUUGCUUUUCAUCCACUAUUGCUUUUUCACCCCAUGGAGCCAUCUGUGGGUCCAAAAUGUCCCUCGUUUGUUUAGAUUGAACCCAUUUUGCCCAUCUCUUCAGCACCCAACAUGCUGCUGGUAUCACGUCAAUAGCAGAUCAUGAUAAAACAAACAAUGUGAGAACUGGUCUCCUUGCAGUUGUGACGUCUCCCCUCAUUCCCGGUGAAACCAGAGCUAGCUGCGAUAUGAUUCAAUGCAAAGCUCAGGCAGAGUUUCAUGCCAAACUGGGCCUGUUUUUCAGGUGCUGGGGCAGGGCUGAUGGUUUCGGGUAGAAACCAAGCUGAUCUCUACAGUUUGGAUGGUUCUGAUCUGAAACCAGGUGAAAACAUGGUGGUAGCAGCUGAGUUUCACUUGGAAAUUAAGGUACAUUUGAAAUUAAGUUGAAACUUGGGGGACAAUCUCUCCUUCCGCCCACCGAACAAGGAGAGGUGGGCACACCGUCUGAACCCAGCCUGGCUAAUUUCUCCCCACUCUAGCAUGCAGUGGACACUUUCUAUUUCAGUGUAAGUAGUUGUUUUACUGUAGUAUUUUAAAAUUGACAAAUACACUGACUAACCCACCAUUUGGUGUGCGUAACCUAUCUCUGUCUAUGCCUGAUCCAUGCAGAAUACCAAUCUGCUAUAGCUGCCAGCUGGAAGGCUUUGUCCUUUAGUUCAAGCUGUAGCUCUGGAUGGUUCAGUUCAGUCCCUGGUGAUGAUGGUCAUUACAACUCCUCCUGGUGUUUGGGCUCUUCUGUGCCAGCCAAUGAGCAAGCACUGUCCCUUUCGCUGGCUUAGCAUCUGUUCUGGAGAUUGAGAUCCUCUGUUCUAGGACCAGAAUGUGGACUAUUCCAUGCUGGUUACGCUAACAACUACCUUACCCUCUUCCCAAGAUUUAAGCAGAACAUUUUGUGCUGGUUACACAGCUUCCAAAGUCAAGCACUGGGUGGAGAAUCUGAAGUUUUCAGAAAAAAAAGUAAAACUGAUCAUUUACAGGGGGGGUUAUUAUGUUCCUUGUUUUGAUCUAACAGCAGGUUUUUAAAUAGUUGCCAUGACUAAGGCAUGUAUAAAAUUGUUUGGGAGAUGAAAUAAAUUAUUCUUAUAAAUGUUUCAUUCUUUUACCAGUAAUUCAAAUAUGCGGACUUCACUGUACUUUAACAGGAAUGCCCCAUAUACGAAAACUAUACUCCUGUGUCAUCAGUAAAGGCAUUGUAUUUAUGAGAUUUCUUGUUAGUGUCACUUUGGCAGAGUAACUUCCUGAAGCACACAAGAACUGCACAUUACAUGCCAAUUGCUGAUAGAUAUUGUUACAUGUAAUUUAGCCUGUAUGCGUUCCAUAGACACCAGAUAUAAAGUGUUACCUGCCUAUUUUGUGAUGUCACUCAAAGUACCGGGGCGGGGGGGGGGAGGGGGAAAUCCUCAUUUGUUAAGGGAUACCCUGCAUUUGAAUGCUUCUAAACAUAUUUUACCAGAAAGCAAAAAUAAGUGAAACUGUUUCUGGAGUGUUAAUUUUUUGAAAUACUUAAAAUACUGUAUUUCUAUAUAUUCUUCAUUGUUAUUCAUCUGAGCUAUAAAUACUGUACUGAUAGAAUGAUGUAUAAAGUAUCUCAGUCAUGAACUGCAAGAUAAAAGGACAACAUAGCUUUGGCUGCAAAAGGUGGUGUGUGUGUGUUUGGACACACAUGUACAUAUAUUUAUGUGUGUGCAUAGACAUAUACACUGCAUGCUUUGAAGCAGAAAAAUGCAUAUAAGAUGAAAAGAAAGUACGUUAUUUUCUCAUCUGAGUAAAUAAGUCAAACCAAAAGGAAAGACUAUUUUGAUAACAUUUAUAUCAAAAUGGAAAACCAUUCUGAUUUGUAACAGGACUGACACAGAUUCAUAUCCCAACUAGGAAGUCCAAUUAGAAAGGAAUCACAGCCCAUUUAGAAAUUUAAAAAACACAAUCAUUUAAUUGAUUUGGUUUUGUUUUUUUAAAAGCAAAUCUAUUGGAUGGGCCAGUACCAAUUCUGCAUCCAAAACUUGCCACAACCAAGGUCAAUAGCCAACCUUCCAUUGAUUCCAGUGGGACUAGAACAUCCCUUAGAGAGUGCCAAUUUCAGACAUAUCUGUCUACAUGGGCAAAACUUGAUAUGGGCUCAAUCUUUACUAAAACAAAGUGUGAGUUUCUGAGAUUCAUGAAAAAAAUGUCGUAUGUCCCCAUGGAUCUCAGCAGUUGACUCCCAUUGACUUCAAUGGGCCAUGAAUCUUGACCUUAAUUUUGGUUUCUACAUAUGAACUUCAGUGCCUAAAUUUAAGCACCCAUUUUUUAAAACCUUGGCCUAGUAACUGCACAAACACCACUCAGUCUCUGAAGGCUGAGAUGAAUACAACAAUGAAUAUUGAGCAAUUAAGGACCUGAUUUUCCAGGUGGCUCGGCACCCUGGCCUCCAGUCUGAAUCCAUAGAAGCUGUCAUGUCUCAGUACAUAUAAUAAUCAGCCCCUGUGGUUUUAUUAAUCUUUUAAAGUGUUACCAACACUCUUGGCCCAUGUAGUAUUUGUCUUUCUUUCAAAGACUUAAAGUAAAAAAUAAAAUACCUGAAGAAGAAUAAUUAAGAUUUCCAACAUAAGACAUAUCUGAAUGAAUUGUGAUUGGAUUUCUUCUUUGGCAUGAAAUCUGUCUCAGCAGAGGGUUUGCAGCAGACUUAGGUACUACUGAAGUCCCACAUACGUCCUCAACCUAGGGGCAGAUGACUUUGCUCAUGUAGAUUGCCAUAGUUCCAUUGUAAAGCUAUGACAGUUUACACCAGCAGAGGAUCUGUCUGAGUAGGGUUUAAUUGGAAGAUAGAUAGCACAUAUACUUUGUGCUGGUUCUCUGCAACGAGAUGAAUUUCACCUUACCCCAGAGUUUUGACUGGGUGAUAGUGUAUUCCCUCUCAAGCAUGUUUAUAAAAUUCCACAGACACUCAACUAAGCAUUAAAGUUUGGUUGUCCUUUAGAAAGCAAAGACAGCUACUUUGCUUCCUUUAAUUUGCUCUGUUGCCUUGGCUUUUUUGCACUUUUGUUCCAGCUCCAAAGAAUAUUUCAUAAUGCCUUUCGUACAUAUGUACAAUUUUAAACAUUUUGUAUGUAUUGAAUGGUAAACACUUCUCUUGUAAUAUAGCAAAUUGACUUUU